AUGUCCCUCGGUAACAUGCACAACGUGCACAGACCAAAGCAUUCCCCAUCUCCCGACUCUCAUAAGUAUACAAGGUUAUUCCUAGACAAAAAUAACCAUUCCCAUAAACUUGUUUCUUAUACCAUCGAAGAAGAUCAAGUAGCGCAGCAGCGAACAGUAACAUGGACGACAGUUGCCUCUGGAAAGAUUAUGCACAUUAUCCCAAUGGUGCUCCCUGGGAUCCCAUUCACUAACCACACUAUUCAAAGUCCAGAAAAGAAGAAUGUAGUGACAUUUCGAGCUUACAACUUUGGAGGACUUAUCAAGCAUAAGUUCAUUUUUGAAGAAGAAGAAGACGAGACUCGGACAGAGGCAUUGCACGACCCAGAAUAUCACUUCCUUGACGAUAAAGAAUGUGAGGGUUUCCAGAGUAGAGUCCGUGGCAGGAGACUUCUGAAAACCUUUGACACAGAAAAAAUAUCUCUAACGGAAAUCCAUCGCAUGCGGCCCAACACAGCAAGAGAGUAUGCAAGAAAGAAGCCCGUUAAGCUUUGGAGACGGACUGAUACUGCAAUCACAUUUUUCGCGAAUCUUGAUCCUGUGGAGUAUCAGACACAUCUUCAAUUCUAUCUGAGCUGGUUCAAGCAAGAGGCAGGGUUACGCAACGAUAGGAAACUUGUUUUGAGAUUUAAUCACCAAAGUGAUGUUCAGCGACAACAUGAAUCACCAUCAAGCGAGAAGAAACGGAGACGUAGCAAUGUCUUUAUUCCAUCUAAGGGCAAAAGGCAAAAAAGCGAGGAACCUAUUCCAAGAAGAACGUCAACAGGUGGAAGUUCAAGUCAAUUUCUCAAGAUACAUAGCGGCGAGCUUAAAACAGAUGAGUGCGUGAAGAAGAACAAUUGGGAGUCACUCGAGAUUCAGUUUACCAAUGAGGAUGACGUCGAAAAGUUCGUGUCAACAUGUCUCGAGUCGCAAGGGCAGCCAGGACUUGCACUCAGCGAAGGACCAUAUUGUGUAUUACCAUUUACGGAACCCCUCCAACCGGCCCCAGUACACCCUCAUUACUCUCCUCCAAGCUCUUCGAUUGAAAACUGGUGGCAAAAGUUCAAUGACAACAGGAAUGAGAUAUUCCCAAUCAUAACCGACAACUAUGCUCCAAUCAGAAUCGCAAUCCUUGACACUGGUAUUGACACUGGCAACCCUUACAUACGAAGGAAUUGGGACUCCAAAUGGUUAUACAGAGACUUCCUGGUAGAUGACAAUGUGGCAGCAGGGCUGAGAGUGGAUUCAUCGGGUUACAGUAGCCACUACGUGCGCGAAGUGAUAGGUUCGCUGGAGAGCGGGAGACAAGAUCAAGCAAUUGAUCUCGCUGGUCAUGGCACGCAUCUUGCUGGUAUAGUUUUGCAACUUGCACCAAAUGCAAAUUUAUGCAUCGCGAGAGUACUCAAAAACAACCUCACAACAUACGAUACAGGCGAAGCAGCGAAAAGAGUCGCUUUGGCAAUAUUGUAUGCAGUACAAGUUUGGAAAGUGAAGGUCAUCAAUCUCUCAAUUGGUUUCGAUCAAGAAAAGCUCGGAGAUUCAGAGAUGCACGUCAUAAUCCACGCUCUACAAUAUGCACGACAACAACAUGUCGUGGUCUUCGCUGCAGCUUCGAACAGCGCAAACAGGGAGCUUCUUGCAUUUCCGGCAUGUCAACCUGACUAUGUCUUAAGUAUCAAUUCAACAAAUGGCAGUGGUGGAAGAUCGUGGUUCAAUCCUCUGCAGCAAAAGUAUCACGAAAACCUGAGCGUCCUCGGGGAAAGCAUCAAAUCUACAUGGCUGCAAGAUGCUUAUGGUAAGGAGGAAGGUGUGUUUAGGCUGGGAGAAUCAGUUUGGAAGCGAGCGGAAGGCACUUCCCAAGCAACGACAAUCGCUGCAUGUGUUGCGGUUUUGAUCGUGCAAUUUGGCAGACAAUAUGGAGUCGGGGAGAAAUUGGAAACGUUUGCGGGAGUGAGGUCUGUACUUAGAGAGAUGACAGCUCAGACCGGGGACGGAUUCUGGGAUAUCGUACCUUGGAUCAAAGUCUUUCGCAUGCAUCCUGGAGGCAUUGACUCGAUCAAGAGUAGGAUUGCUGAGAUACUCUAUGAGGCACGAAUAUGA